AUGGCUCCGCAAAAAAGCCCCAAGCGCAGACUCAACAAUACGCCGACACUUCCCGUAUCCGCUGAGGCCGCAUCUGAUGAUGUGUGUCUUUUACUUAAUAGCAAUAACAUCAACGAAAAUGUCCACCCGGCUGACGAUCCGCAAAUCGAGGAGAGAGAUACAUAUUUUGCAUUAGUAAGGGGCAGAGAGAUGUUGGUGCCACGAACUUACGAUCCUGAUACAUAUGAUUUUGAUGCACGGAUGUCGUGGACGCCUGAGCCAGAACCCUAUGAUCCUGAAACCUAUUCUGCUUGGGGUAGAAAGCACUUCGGCGUAGAGUGGUACCAAUUGCGGAAGGUUAUGCUCGAGGAAAGGAAUCCUCAUGAUAACCGCGAACCAGUGUACAUAGGGCGCCAGCAAGCUCUGAGGGUGAUGGAGCAUCAGGCUGAAGGGCGGUGUUUCAGACCAUACUCUCACGGGGACGAUCUCAAAGACGAAGGCUGGAAGCGUUUGUGA